AUGGCAGAGGAUGCUGUACUAGGUUUCCUGGAGAAAAAUGAAGAGAUAUUGGACUCUGGCAAGUUCUCAGAGGAAAAAGGAAUCAGUCAUGAUGAGAUGGUCAAUGCUAUCAAAAGCCUUAAUGGCUUUGGAUUUGUCAUUGCACAGGACAUCAAGAGAGAGAGAUGGGUGCUUACUGAGGAGGGGAAAAUAUAUGCUACUGCUGGAUCACCAGAAGUCCAGCUCUUUUUAGCUAUAACCCCAGAGGGUAUAACACAAGAAGAAUUGCAGAAAAAGUUGGACCCUGCAAUUUUCAAAGUUGGAUGGCCACAAGCAAUGAAGAACAAGUGGGUGGAAAAGGGAAAGUCCAAUGUUUCAAGGAAAGUACAAAAUGUUGACGACACUGUUAAGGAUUUGCUUAUGCAAAUCCAGAAUGGUGAGGCAGUAGAUCCAAAAGAUAUUGAUGGUCUUAAGCGAAGAAAGUUGAUUGCCCAACAGAGUUGGAAAGGCUACUCAGUAAGGAAGGGUCCUAAGUAUGCUCCCAAAAGGAUAAAAGAAGCUACUGACCUCACUCGGGAGAACCUGCAUAGUGGUGAUUGGAAGAACCUGAAAGAGUACAACUUCAGUGCUAAAGGCCAGCCAGUUGAAGGGAAAGAGUACAACUUCAGUGCUAAAGGCCAGCCAGUUGAAGGGGGCCAUCUUCAUCCAUUGCUCAAGGUGCGGCGCCAAGUUCAGAUGAUAUUUCUUCAAAUGGGCUUUGAGGAGAUGCCGACAAACAACUAUGUUGAAAGCAGCUUUUGGAAUUUUGAUGCCCUUUUCCAGCCGCAACAACACCCUGCCCGUGAUUCGCAUGAUACUUUCUUUUUGAAAGAGCCUUCCACUACAAGGGAGCUCCCUGAAGAUUAUGUUGAGCUAGUUAAGAAAGUUCAUGAGUCUGGUGGCUAUGGAUCUCGAGGAUAUGGGUAUGACUGGAAAAGAGAUGAAGCAAACAAGAAUCUAUUGCGGACACAUACUACUGCUGUUUCAUCAAGAAUGCUGUAUAAGCUGGCACAGAACAAACCAUUUGCUCCGAAGAAGUACUAUUCUAUUGAUCGUGUUUUUAGAAAUGAAGCUGUUGACCGCACGCAUCUUGCUGAGUUCCAUCAAAUUGAAGGUUUAGUAUGUGAUCGUGGUCUUAGUCUUGGUGACUUGAUUGGGGUUCUUCAUGAUUUCUUCGCUCGCUUAGGAAUGUCCAAGCUUCGGUUCAAACCUGCUUAUAAUCCCUAUACUGAGCCCAGCAUGGAAAUAUUCAGUUACCAUGAAGGGUUUAAGAAAUGGGUGGAAGUUGGAAAUUCUGGAAUGUUUAGACCUGAAAUGCUGCUUCCCAUGGGACUUCCGGAAGAUGUUCGGGUUAUUGCUUGGGGCCUUUCCCUUGAAAGGCCAACCAUGAUACUUUAUGGGAUUGACAAUAUUAGAGAACUGUUUGGUCACAAGGUGGAUCUUGGUCUGAUAAAGAAAAAUCCAAUAUGCCGCCUUGGACUCAACUAAAUGGCUCACCUUUCUUUCUGUGCUCUUUUGUUUGGUUAGAGUAGAUUGAGUACAGGAUAUAUAUCUUCUCAGAUUCCAUUGCCCAUUUGUUCUACACCGUAUUUUACAAGUGUUUACUUGAUGUGAUGUUUAGACUAAUUGUUGUGUUAAUUGAGGGUAAUUACUUUUUUCUCGUUAUGGCCAAGCAUCACCAGGGAGACAUUUUUCAGUGGAUCAUGAAUAAAAUUUACAUUUUUUUUUUGAAAA